UUCACUGAUUGGGUCAUCAACCACAAGAUCACCAAUGAGGCAGAAUAUUGGGCGCUGGCAGGAGAACAAAAAGAAAAGAAGGACAACCCAACGUUGUGGAACUAUGGUGGGCAGGUAAAAGUCGACAAAAUGAUCCAAAAAGCACAACGAGGCCAUUUGGCUGCAUUGACAACUGAUGUGUUUCAGUUUGCUUCCAAGACCACGAGUCCAUUUCCCUUGUCAGACUUCAUCGUCCCAGAUGAGAUUCGCCUGUGGAUGGAAAAUGAUACCAAAACGAAAUCCCUCAUCAUUCAGGGAACAGGAGGUCUGGGAAAGACCCAGCUGGCCAAAGCGAUUUUGGCAUCAUUGGGCAAGUAUUUCUUCGUGGACGCAAUGGACACCAUCAAGCAUCUAUUUUUUGUUGAUGGUGAAGCCUUGCUUUGCGACGAUGUGUCCCUUGGUGACUAUCAGAUUGACCAAGUCAAGUCGAUUUUGGACAUUUCGUGUGACAGAGCCAUAAGAUGCAGGCAUGAGGAUGGAAUAGUGCCAGCAGGAACUACCCGAAUCUUUUUGACGAACCAUGAGAAGCACGUAUUUUUUCCUCCUGGCUUUCAGUUGCAGCAGCAUCAAAAUGCCAUCGAAAGACGCAUGACGUGGGUCGAGGUCAAAGAAGUCCUCUUCAAGACGAAGGAGAUGUCA